AUGGUAGAAUUUAACUGUACUUAUAGGAAAGCCUUAACAGUAUAUGUACCGCCCCCAGCUUCCUUACUUGGAAAAGAUAGCUUUCGACAACAGUCUGACAACCUUCCUACCAACAUGAUCUCACAAACGGAGAGUAGAUUCCAAGAACGUGAUACCUCCACAUUUCUAGAGAUAGUUAAAACUGACAUCACAUUGCAUAAAGAGAAUGUAAAUGAGGUUAAAAACACUUCUGCCAAUACUUCAAUGAGAUUUCGACGUACUCGUAGGAGGGACACGGCUUCUUGUAGGUUGGAGCUCCCGAUAAACUCAUCUACAAUGAAUAGUGAGUCAACAGUGCCUCCUGAUGCGGCUGCUGGUGAAGAGAAAAAGAAUUCUUCGUUUGGACGAGCUAUUAGUGAGACUAAAAGAAAUUAUAUUUUUAAGGGAAUUGACGAUGGAAGAGCAUAG